UCGACAGCAUCGCAGUAGGCGCUGUGGGAGUGUGACGUCGUCCUGUACGUCAGGCAGACAGCAGGCAGGUCUCAUUCAGUACGAACGAAAUGAACUAUCUCCUGCACCGUCAACGAAGUCCCGGUGCGGUCAUACCGAUCCCGGAGGAGCUGGAAGAAUUGAUGGGUGAAAUAAGUCGCGAGGUACUGCGCAAACAGCCACCGAACGUGAUCCACUUCCUGGCGGACUAUCUCGAAGAGAAGCUAGCGCGCCGUGAGAACGCUCGGAUAGCGGAAAAGAUUGUCGAUAAUGUGCUGGACUUUAGCUUGGACAUUGUGGCCAUGCUGGAGUCGGUCGGUAUAGAUUCCGCGCGUGCCGAGCAGGCAGUGAAGCGCAUCCGGGACGAGUUUCAUCGCCAUUUUGAAACGAAACCGGACAGUGAGCGUUUGCGUGAAACGUUCCGAGAGCGUGACGUACUGGAGCGGUUGGUUAAGGAGUGCCACUUUAGCGAGCAGGAAGCACGCAAAGCGUCGCGCAUUAUUGAGCAUGCGUACCAGACAUUCUACUUCCGAAAUGCGUACAAGGAGCCGCAUCCUGUCGGUAAGGAUAAGGAUUGGCGCCAGGCAGCGAAACAUACGCUGGGUCUUUACGCUCAGACAGGUCCAACGAAGGAGGAGAUGGAAGUAGCGGCACGACGGAUUCAAGUGGCUUACCGUGCGUACUACACGCGGAAGCGUCAGGAACUGGAUCGGAGUGCUAGAAUCAUACAGCGAGCUGUUCGCAACCAUCGAAGCCGUCGCUUGGAAGAAGCGGAUAUGCUCGGAGUUCCAUCGGUAGUUCUUGCGCACGAAAUUAUCGAUGAUGAUGAUCUGUCCUACACACCUUCGGAAGAUAUCCACCACCUGAUCGAUGUUGCGAUCGGAUCCGAGGAGGUUCCAGCUCGUGUGCCUUCCACAUCCAAAGACUUGACCACCGACGAUGCUGCCACCUUGAUCCAAUCGGUGUUUCGUGGACAUCAGGCUCGUAAACAGACCUUGCCAAGGACUUCCACCAAGUCACUAACCGAGAAGCCCGUAGUGGACGAGACACAAGCCGCCAUAUUGCUCCAAUCUACAGCCCGUGGACAUCUGGCACGGAAGCGUAUCCAGUCGGAGAAGGAGAAGCACCAAAUGGCCACCAUGCUGCAGUCCCACGCCCGUGGUUAUCUGGCCCGCAAGAAGCAACUACCGCGGAACGAUCCACAGUCAGACCCGAAGCCGUGAUUGUUUCGCCCUCCUCAUCAGACGGUUCCAAAAUUUCCCGGAAGCCAUUCCACGGUGUACUUUCUCACGCUCUUCUCGCCACUCACCGUAGCAUACUGGGGCGACGGGGACUUUACCUUCGGCGACACUUUCCAACUACCGUCAAAAUUUAAUUAAUUAAACCAUCCCGUCUCGGCUGCAUCUGUUUGAGCCCCCGGGUAUUAUGUAUUCCACGGAACUGUUGGGGCGCACGUCACGUCAAAGUGCGCAAAGUAGCGCGAGAUCGUCCCAAUUUAGGCUACGCUCAUAUUCGGUUUCCCAUCUUGUUUUUUUCUGUCACCGCUAGCAAUGCUUGGCGUUGGACUACUGGGAUGAUGUGGUUGCUAUGGCUUUUUUCUCAAGAACAUCUCCACGGGAGAUGGUGUGACGGUUUACGACUUUCUGAGUGAGUUUAUUUCCAUUUUCAUAAGUGUCCUCCGAGCCGGAUGGAUGUACCUGUCCGUCGGUGUAUCGCUAGCGGGACCUCACGUUAAACACGCCACCGUAUCAUAAAGCGGCGCAGAAUAUCUUGUGCGUCAACAUAAAUAAUUUAAUUACCUUUCGUGUGAGAACCUUUCGGGUGGCUUCCAAGUGUUCUUCUAUCCGUGUGUAACACACAUAAAACCGCUGGCUGGCCAAAA